UAUUUAGCGCGAGGUACUCGCUGUGGUAACAAAACCCGGGUAUUUUCACCAUUCCUGCUACAGUGUCUCCACUGCUUUACUACCUCACCAGCUGUUUACAGUCGACGUGUGAAUCGUAACCGACUCUUGUAUUGGGACUCUCGUGUUCUCGGACUUGCUCUGAUUCCCGCCGGUUUGUGAGAUCAACAUGGAGAACAGGAAACGACCGUUCGGGGCAGUUUCGACCCCUGAUGACAGCUUCAAAACGCCGGAGAAGAGAGUGUCAGUGGUCCGGCUGCAGGACUAUGACUACAUGCAAUGGGGUGUGGAUGAAACUUGUCGGUACCUACGACGAGAAGGUCUUGAAGAAUGGGAAGAUGCAUUUAAAGCACAAAAAGUCACUGGUGUCAGCCUGAGGCUUCUCAACGAUGAGGAUUUGGAGAAGAUUGGGAUCAAGUGUCUUGGGGACCGGCAGAAGAUCCUACACAGCCUCAGGAAGCUGCGGCAGAAAGUAGCAGAGCUAAACAAGGUCUUUAAUGAUCCCAUCCAUGGGCAUGUGGAGCUCCACCCUCUUCUCAUCAAAAUCAUUGACACACCUCAGUUCCAGAGAUUACGAAACCUCAAGCAGCUUGGAGGCGCCUACUUUGUUUUCCCUGGAGCGUCUCACAACCGCUUUGAACACUCCAUUGGGGUGGGUCAUUUGGCGGGGAGACUUGUUCAAGCUCUGAAUGAGAGGCAGCCAGAGCUACUCAUCUCAUGCAGAGACAUCCUGUGUGUACAGAUUGCAGGGCUCUGCCAUGACUUGGGACAUGGGCCAUUUUCCCAUUUGUUUGAUGGGAAGUUCAUCCCCAGGGCACGUCCUGGAAUAAACUGGAAGCAUGAGACCGCCUCUCUGGCAAUGUUUGACUACCUUGUGGAGGACAAUAACCUGAGACCGGUGAUGGAGCAGCAUGGCUUGGUGCUACCUGAAGACCUGGACUUUAUCAAGGAGCAGAUUGCUGGACCGCUGGACAAUAAACCAGCUCAAGGCAAGUGGCGUUAUAAAGGGCGUCCAGAAGACAAGUCCUUCCUCUAUGAAAUUGUGGCCAACAAAAGAAAUGGUAUAGAUGUAGACAAGUGGGACUACUUUGCCAGGGACUGCUACCAUCUGGGAAUCCAGAACAAUUUUGACCACCGCCGCUUCCUGAAGUUUGCCAGAGUUUGUGAUGUGGAUGGUCAAAAGCACAUCUGCACGAGAGACAAGGAGGUGGGCAAUCUCUAUGACAUGUUCCACACGAGGAACUGUCUCCACAGGAGAGCCUACCAGCACAAAGUGGGCAACAUCAUAGAGAUGAUGAUCACUGAGGCUUUCCUAAAAGCAGACAAGCACAUCCAGGUGGAAGGCUCAAAAGGGAAGAUGUUCACUCUCUCCACAGCCAUAGAUGACAUGGUGGCCUACACCAAGCUCACAGAUCAUGUGUUUGAGCAAAUACUCAACUCCUCCUCCUCUGAGCUGGCUGAAGCGAGGCAGAUUCUACACAACAUCGUCUGUCGACGCCUCUACAAGUGUCUGGGCCAAACCCAAGCAGAUAAACCCAUAAUCGUCAGCCAGGAUAAAAUUCACAGCUGGGAGGCAGAUUUAGCGACGUCCAUCCCUGAGAACAACCCCCCGGAUAUCUGUCUGCAGCCAGAGGACUUUGUAGUCAAUGUUAUUAACUUGGACUAUGGGAUGAAGGAAAAGAACCCCAUCAACAAUGUGCAAUUCUACUGCAAGGAUGACCCGGACAAAGCCAUCAGGAUUCGCAAGAACCAGGUGUCUAAACUUCUCCCUGAGAAGUUUGCAGAGCAGCUGAUCAGGGUCCACUUCAAGAAGACUGAUGAAAGGAGUCUGGAGGCCGCCAAGAAGCAAUUUGUCCAGUGGUGCAUGGACAAUAACUUCUCAAAGCCACAGAAUGGGGACAUAAUAGCUCCCGAGCUGACUCCUCUGAAAGCAAGCUGGGCAAACAACAAUGAAGGGGAGGACGGUGAAGGUUGCAGCUCCAGGGAAGUCCCCAAUCCCAGCCGGAACGGACAAAAGGGACGCAAAACUCUAACUUACUAAGAGGAGGAGAGCAGAUACCCUUGUUCGGUGGUGGACAGAAGGAAAAGUGUGGAGUGAAAACUAUAUUUUUUUUUACAGGGUGAGGGUGUUGAUGAGCACAGAGAAUAUUAAUAUCAUACAUUCUGUUUGGAACUCAAUUUUUACUCUAAAAACAAAAUAUUUUCAAAGUUUCAGGGAAGAGAAAUCAGAAAUGCAUAUUCAGGGUUUGUACUCAGGGCUUUUUACAUAUCCUUCUUCAGUAAUCUACACACAGUUCAGUUUUAGUAAGGGCUUUUUACAUAUAUCCUUCUUCAGUAAUCAACUCACAGUUCAGUUUUAGUAAGGGCUUUUUACAUAUAUCCUUCUUCAGUAAUCAACUCAUAGUUCAGUUUUAGUAAGGACUUUUUAUGUAAAUCCUUCAGUAAUCAACACAUAGUUCACUUUCAGUUUCAUUAUUUUAAUCAGUAUUUCCUUUUUGACAUAAGUUUUUAGUUGGAGCUACAUUUUUCACAUCUUUUAAGUUAUUGUUUUAUACAAUGUGCAAUUCAUUAGCCUACUAUCAUCAAAAAAAAUCAUGGUCAAAGUUUACACAAAAAAAAAGCACAUUGUAUUUCAGGUCUGUGUCUUUUUACAGAUGAUGUGUUUCAGAGUAGUAAUUUAUUUAGCUUUUAAGAACACCAGAUAUGUGGUCAAAAACGUAAUCUCAAUCAUCAGAUGGUUUCUGGCUUUGAAAGGCAGCAUUCAGUUUUACAUUUGGAAUUUUCUUUGGUUUAAUUUGAUCUUACCUUUUGUUUAUUUAUUUUUCAAAGCUCUUUAUUUUGUAUUCUUGAAUGCAUUGUGUGUUUUUUACUAUUUUGGAUACCAGUUACAAAUUUGACCUCUUAGCUAGAUUUUAAAUGCUGCCUCAUCAAACUUGCUUUAUUGGUGGUUGUUUUGAUUUGCUUUAUGUAAAAGAAAAUAUAUAUAUUGAAGAUUGUAGAGGGAAUCCUUCCAAAGUGUUUGCAAAGAGCCUUUGAAUGGUGUUACGAUUGAAAGGAGUUGAAAAUAAAAAUCUUUCCCUCAGUUG